GACCCACAGGUGGCUGGUUCUUCAAUAGAGGCUUCUGUUUUGAUGUCCCUGCUGCUAGAAAGUUCUUCGUCGUGAUCUGAGAAUACUAUUUUAUCAAAUCGUUUCUUUUCUUCAUUCUUUUUCUCCAUUUUAAAUUCGCUGGAGAAUUGUUUAAUUUGCCUAAAACUAAAAGGCCCCCACAGUUCCGUAGUCUGUGAUGCUUUUCGUUUAGUUUGCGUUGUCCUGGAAACUGAGUUCAGUAGCCAAUCAGAGGCGUUCUGACGCUUUCCCAUGAAUAUUAACAAGAGGAGUGUUCGAGUGGCUCGAGCUGUGAGGCUCGUUGCGCGCAUGCGCCGAUUGGAGCCUCCUACAACAAGAAGCAGCAGCCAGGCAAGAUGGCGGACCUGGGAAAGAAGUACUGCGUUAACUGCCUCGCAGAUGUCACCAACCUGCGGCUCCGCUGCACUGACUGCCCAGAUAUCGAGCUGUGCCCGGAGUGCUUCUCGGCGGGCGCCGAAAUCGGCAACCAUCGUAGAUGGCACGGCUACCAGCAGGUCGACGGCGGGCUGUUCUCACUGUGGGGUCCAGAGGCAGAGGGAGGAUGGACUAGCAGGGAAGAGCAGUCGCUGCUCGAUGCCAUCGAACAGUACGGCUUUGGAAACUGGGAGGACAUGGCCGCCCACGUCGGACCAUCCCGAACGCCGCAGGAAGUCAUGGAGCAUUACGUCACCAUGUACAUUCACGGUAACCUUGGUAAAGCCUGCAUCCCCGACAGUAUUCCCAACAGAGUAACUGACCACACUUGCCCAAGCGGGGGGCCCCUGUCACCCAGCCUCACCACCCCGUUGCCCCCGUUGGACAUAAGCCUGGCUGAGCAGCAGCAGCUCGGCUACAUGCCUCUGCGCGACGACUACGAAAUCGAGUACGACCAGGAUGCGGAGAAGCUCAUCAGCGGGCUGUCGGUGAACUACGACGACGAGGAUGUGGAGAUCGAACUGAAACGUGCCCACGUAGACAUGUACGUGCGCAAGCUGAGGGAGAGGCAGCGGCGCAAGAACAUUGCCCGUGACUACAACUUGGUGCCUGGGUUUCUUGGCAGAGACAAGAAAGACAAAGAGAAGGAGAAGCCCGGAGGGUUGCAGGUCAUAGGCGGUUCUGUCCCUACGGGUGGAUCGGGAGCGUGCAGCGCCGGAGUUGGACCGGCCUCCACGACGACGACGGGGUCCGUCCCCAUCCCGAGCACCCCCAAAAGAAAGAUCAUCAAGGAGGAGAAAGAGCAGCGAGUGAGGCUACGGGCGCUCUGCCAGUUCAUGGCCCAUCGGGAGUUUGAGGAGUUCUUCGAGAACAUGCACAAGGAACGGGUGCUGAGGGCCAAGGUGCGCGAGUUGCAGCGCUACCGCCGCAACGGCAUCACGCGCCUGGAGGAGUCCGCCGAGUACGAGGCCGCCCGUCACAAGCGGGAGAAGCGCAAGGAGAACAAAAACGUGGUGGCCUCCAAACGCGGCGGGUUGGGAGGGGCCGGGCUCGGCUCUGGGCUGGGACUCGGCGGUGGCGGGGCGGGCGGGGGAGGCGGCGUCACGGUGGGGCUCGGGGUUGGAGGCGGGAUCAAGGAAGAGAGCAAAGAUGGUGAGUUUGCCGCCAUCGAGAACUUGACGGGGUUUGAGUUGCUGUCGGAUCGGGAGAAGGUGCUGUGCAACUCCCUCAGCCUGAGCCCAACACGCUACCUGACUGUCAAAACCAUCAUCAUCAAAGACCACCUGCAGAAAAGGCAGGGCAUCCCGGCAAAAAGCCGACUGCCCGGCUACCUGGACAAGGUUCUCAAGAAGCGCAUUCUCACCUUCCUCACAGAGAGCGGCUGGAUAUCCAGAGACGCCUCGUAGCGAUCCGUCUCCGGUCGGUAAUCACAAGCCGAUGAUCACCGGUAGCCGACUAGCUUCACGCUCUGGAGCCUGGAUGGAACUACUGCUUCUCACCGACUACUUUUUCUAGUUCUUCUUUUUUUUUCACUUUGCGAAUAUGUACAAUUCAAAUAAAAAAAAAAGAUGCCCCACCGGAAUAAUAACUAUAUUUUCAUAAAAGUUCUAGGAACAAAAGUUUAAAAAAAAAAAAGAUACUGGGCUCAAGGAUGUCCAGCACCUUUUGAGUUUACUAUUGUGUGCUUCCCGCUACAAUUCUUGAUGAAUAGAUUAUGGUAUUUUGCAUUUUGGGAUUUUUUUUAUCUCAAGUGUCACUCCUAAGCAUCAUUGUAAAGGUGAAAGAACGAACGAGUGAAACCUAUUUCAUACAGAAAAAUAAGGGUGUUUCUCUCAAAUGAUGUUUGAAACCACGGGUUUGCUGAGGAGCCUUUGCGAUGACCUUUUUGUUUUCACUCUAUAUUUGAACCGAUUCACGGAAUUCCAUUCAGUUUCAUGCACUGGUACCGUCACAUUGUUUUGUCAAUGCUACAUUAGCACUGAUGGGGUAAUGAAUGGUCAGUAGACUUAAGAAAAAUGUAUUGCAAGCACCAAAAGAGAAGCUUAAAGUUGAGUGUUGUCCAAUAGUGGACACUGCCAAUGUUCAUUGAAGUUCCAGCUGAAUUAAUAACCGGCAGAUUGAAAGUAUUUUGAUAAGAAUAGUGUAUUAAAAACGGGGAAAAAGUAGGAUGCCUGGUCGUGUUUAGUUCAAACUCGCCGACGUUUGGUUGGUGAAUUUUCUUUGCCUUUGUCAAGAGUGGACACUCUUGUGAUUAAAGCUGUUACAAACGCUAAAACGUUCCUCAGAAAUUUGACAGUUCCCACGCUACCAUUAGAGGGUUGUUAAAAUACAAAAGUGCCUAAAUCUAGGUCAGAGAACAGCAUUGCCUUGAUUCCGGUGAGCGGUUCGUGACUGGUUUGUUAUGCUAGUUUACGGUCUAGCAUAUGCCAGAAACAUUUCCACCGCCAAUUGGAGUCUAACUAGGGGUUAACCCCAGACAACUAGCGUUGCGACAUACAAAUGUGACGACAAACUUGACGGAUUAGUAGGUAUCGUCCUUGACGCAAGCGACAAUUUCUUAUUUCCCCCAAUGAGUAGAAUGUGUUGUGUGACGGUAAUAGCUCCACCCUAACCGUAACAUAUCCUUCUCCUGUUGGCCUCCAACCGAACGGGGCCCAGGAAUGGUGUGGUUCGGGUCGGUUGUCUUUUUUUACUAUGGUAACAAAGUAGUGAACUGACCCAUGCCACACCGCUUAAUCAAAGUGAGGGAUAAGUGUAAACACAUUUUAUAACCUGCUAAAUUUUCUGUAGCAGUUUCACCGGCGUGUUAUUGAUCUUGGUUUUAGGAAACUAAAAGACUUGUUGGCCUCCUGAUAAAGACGUGUAAAAGUCCUGUGGCAUCACAGAGCCAAACGUACUGGUAUCCCUGCUGUCAAUACUUCAUACUGACCCCCUGUUCCCAGGACAGCUGUAUUUCCUAAGACAACUCACAAGGAUGGAGAAGAGACAGAGAGGGAUCUUUGACUAGAUCAGCUAUUCCCUAGCUUUUCUACAGGUUUUGGGACUUGAAACUUGAAACGGCCAACAAAGCCGCUUAAGUUUCUAGACUUAACCGGCUUUUUGGGUGUUGGUUAAAUGUCACACCUCCUCAUUUUACUGGCAUCAUUUUAUCUGACGUUGCCUGGUAUUCCUGGUAUACACUUUUCUGACUAGGUUCCUGGAUCUUUGGAAGGCCCACAGAACCGCAGCUGUCCCUCGUUUUUCUGCCAAAGCCGCCCGGACUUUUUAAUAUGUCAGAAAAGCUCAGAGUCUCGUCUGACCAAAGCACACAAUUUCAGCAAACUCCCCAAGUUUACGUUUGUGAUGGUAGGACAGAAGAAAAGUUCUUUUUUUUGUUUAGUUUUUUUUUCUGAUGGCAAACGGUUGCCAUGGGGACUUUCUCCACUGAAUAAAACAUCUUAAGUUUUUUUUUUUUUUUGUACUUAUACUUACCGUGAAGGGUAUUUAUCUGUACUAGGAGUAAUUGGUUAAUUUAGCUCUAAAACCUUCCUUGAAUUGCAUUACAUCUUAGAUAUUCUUUCCUACUACAGCCGACUGUAAGGGUAUAAAAAUAAAUAAUGUACUAGUUCUCUAAACCCUGAGAAAGAUCCUCUGCUUCUCAGGUUGUGCAUCAGAACCAUGUGUUCCCUUCUCCCAAAGUCUCUCAUUCUGAGGUCGGAACCUGAGCAGCACUUUCUUUCCACAUCACUGCUCUUAUGUUGGAUUUUCUGGUUUGCUUAAUUCUACUUUAAAGCUAAAAUGACUCCGUCUUACUUGGACAUGUUUCUUGGAUCAUCCAGCAGUUGUUGAAAAGAAAAGAAGAAAAUGCGAGUUGAUCCUGGAACGUCCGUUUGCGUUUGUUGCUAAUGUUUGGCGUGGCAAAGGAGGGUUGGGAACUGUUUGUCGUUGUCGUUUCUUGGAGCGUAUCCCCCGGCUGUAAAGAGGCUGCAGAAGUUCUUGUGAUACAACAAUCAAUGUAUCCAGGUAGUGAAUGUAUUUCUGUUGAAAGGACAUGUGAAGUGUUCAAAAUAAGAUCCUAACCAAUGUUUUUAUCCUCCCGUAUGGGCAAAUUUGACGUUUGAAGUCUUCAGAUGUGCUGGAGCGUGUAUCUUUCACACAGGAUGGUGGGUGUGAGACUUUUAUCUUUUCCAGACAUACACCGAGACUUUCUGUCGUCAUUUAUAUGUGUCCAGAAACGCUGUUGGACUUAAAAGAAACACUGGUUGGAGGUUGAAAAAUCGAAAUAUAGCAUAAAUGUUUUAUGUUUUGAACACUCUGUGGAGGCGUUUUGCAGUUGAUGACUGAAAGCUUGACAUUGAAGCUGUCUGAUUUCAUUUUUAGAAUUUUUUUUUUCAGCAUUCAGUCAGGACUUUUUAGAAAAGUCCUAGAAAGAGGGUGUCUAUGCUUACUUAUGUGAACCAAAUGUAAAUAAUUUGUAAGAUAAGAAAUGUGCAGUGUACAGUAUUUUGUGUUGUACAAAUUUUUAUAGGUUUUGUAUUAAAAACAGAUUUUGACAAGAA